AUGUCUCGACGUUCGGGCCGUUCCAGACCUUUACCCCUAGAUGAAAACGGUUCCAAAGCAUCUGAUGAUCAGAGCUCCGAAAUCGACGAUGCUGAGGAAGUCACUCGAUGUAUUUGUGGAAAUGAUGAAUUGACCACCAUAGACGCUGGCAUGUCCACACUCCUUCAGCAAGAGUACCACAUCAAAAUCGAUACCGGUCUCUUUAUUCAGUGCGAGAAGUGCCUGGUGUGGCAGCAUGGCUAUUGUGUGGGCCUCUUCAUCAAUGAGGAUGUACCUGAUAAAUACUGGUGUGAGGAAUGCAAGCCUGACCUCCACCGAUUCGUGUAUGGCGAGGAUGGGCACCUUACACACACGUUGUACCGAUCUGUGAAUGACGAUAGACAAAAGCUUGUGGCAUCUGUCACGGCGGGGGCCAGUGAUGGAGAACAGUCCGAAAAAUCUGAGGCUAAAACAGAGAAGUCCACCAGGCUGCGUAGCAGGAGAAGCCCCAAGGAUACACCCGAGGCCAAUGGGCUGGAUUCAGGCUCCUCUGGGCCCUACAACCGACAGGAACGAAAAGAUCGCCGCCACGGCGACGACAGCUACGAUGCACAGCUACAACGCGCCAUGCGUGAGAGUGCCAGGGCAUCCAGCGCAGGGGCAAGUGACCGGAAGCGUGCUGGCGAGCCUACUCCAGGAUCUGUCGAAAAGAAAACACAUUCCGAGGAACUGGAGCACGACGUGGAGGAGUCCAAUGUCGAUGAGGAAUCCGAGGCCACAGUGGCUAAAAGAGAGCUGCGAGCACGUCCGAAACCUCGAGCUAAGCCCAAGCCGCGAGCUCCCGCAGCUAAGGGUCGGGCCUCAACCCCGAAGAAUGAUAACUCAGCCGCCUUAUCGAAAGACGAGCUUUUAAGUCAACUGUCCAGGCCCAGGUUUGUCAAUGACAAGUCUAGCAUAUACGAGUUGCGGAAGCGCACCGGGGCUAUUCUUGAGUGGCUCGGGCGUACUCAGAUGGAGUUGGAGGAAGAAAGAGAUGCGAAAACAAGUCAGUUCUCUGACGUAAACACAAGCUCUGCUGGCCCAGUCACACUGUUUGAUGAGAACCUCAAACUCAUGGAAAAUUUGACAGAAAAGAUUCUAUCGUGGGAGCAGAAGUUUGGUAAGUACGCUCCGUGA